CUUUGAACGUUGUGUAGUCUAUGAUGUUCCUGAUAGGCCUACUCAUACCUGUAACUUUAAAACGGCUUUCACUUUUGGAGAAGUACUUCAAGACGUUCAUUGUGAACUAUUUUAACACUGAGAGCACAUUGUUAAAUAAUACUCACUCUCUAUACUUAAAAUGUUAUUGUUUCUCUCAUUAUUUGUGAAUACAGAUGUUAUUUAGGACGGUAACUCCCACUCCACAGCAGCAGUAGCUUUUAGGUUCAUGUGGGCUGAACGCUGAUCUGGAGGGGAGUGUUUCCUGCUCUCUGAUUGGCUGAGCAGAGCAACGUGUACAUCAGUCAGCUAACAGGUAGCUCGCAUGUGACAGUUAUCUCUGUGUGUGAGUGUGUGUCCGCUAUACGGAGCCGCUCUGCUGCGUUUAUUGCAUGAUGCUGUUUUCAAUGACCGGCUGCAUGGUGCUGAUUUUUCUGUAAAAACUCAGGAGGAAGGAAAGUUACUCAAACUUUUAAGGUGAGUGUUCAUGUGUCAUGUCGCACUGUUUUUGUCACUUUUAUGUUGACAGAGUGUGUGUAUGUGUCUCUCUAUGUGUAAGUAAAUCAAGUAAAUGAGAGUUAUCUCACAUCAAGUAGCAAAAUAGAGUAAUCUUUAUUGUGAGUAUAUAUCUAUGUAAAACAGCAGUGUGAAACUUGCUUAGAUCUACUGCUAAUUAUAUAUUUUAACAUGAUGAGCUGUGUGUAUGAGGUUCUUUUAUAAAUAAGUUUAAAAGGGGAUAAUUUACUGAUAAACUAUCUUUAAUAAGAGUAUAGGUGAUAAAUAGAGAGUGCUGGCUGGGCUCUCUGUUGUUGUGAGUGUAACCUUGAAAUGGGCAUUAUCACAGGCCUGUGGGGAUAAGAGAGGGGUAGAUUAACACAUCAGCAUCAUGGAGUUUUCACACUGCACCAGCCUGAUUAGAUACAACAGGAUGCAAAACUGUUUGAAUUGGAUAGAGGCGUAUUGGUUGUUUUUCGGAAAGGAUCCGUUAAAAAAAAAAGAGAAAGAAAAAGGAUAGAAAAAAAAGCUAUCUCUGUUUGUUUUGUUUCCUAAAUCCCCUGUUUUUACUCCAGGGCUGAGGGAGCUGUAAGAACUUCAGUAUCACAGAAAGAGAGAAAAAGGAGGGUGCAGGAUGAAGUCCAAAGGAAAGGUUUCCAAACCACCCAGGAGGACCUGGUCUGACCCAGAUCCAGAGCUGGAACCAGACACCAGUGAACCAGGUUCAAGUGAGCAGGAGGGCUCUGAGGCCUCUGUCCGGAUCAGAGGCUCCUGGAGAGGAUCCUUGAGAAGUGGAGAUGGGAAGCGUCAAGGAGGUGCAGGGGGAGGUCGGAGGCGUAGGCAGCACGGCUCCAGCAACAAGGAGCGCAGCAUCCGGCGGCUGGAGAGCAAUGAGAGGGAACGCCAGCGCAUGCACAAACUCAACAAUGCCUUCCAAGCAUUACGAGAGGCCAUCCCACACGUCAAGACUGAAAAGAAGCUGUCCAAGAUUGAGACCCUGACCCUGGCCAAGAACUACAUCAAAUCCUUAACCAGCAUCAUCUUGGAUAUGUCAGGGGCAUGUCUGCCUGCUGGGGGGGUCCCAUCAGAAGCCAGUGCUGCCAAGUUGCUCCAGUGUUACCAGCAGCACCUGGAGGAGGAGGGGGAGGCUGAUCUCACCCAGUACCUCACCCAUGUGCACAGCUUAAGUCAACAAAGCUAACAGUGGCUGAGUCUGGCCUUGAGACCAGAGGAGCCCCAGGAUGGAAGCUGUUUUCAAGUCAGACUGAGGUGUGGGUAAACUUCUAGGGUCCAAAUAAAUUCCAGUUUUCUACAAGAAGACAAGGUGGAGUCCUCUGUAUGAACUGGAUGGUUAGAGAUGACUGACCAUAGCAGGGGGUUGUCAAACUGUAACAUGCAAAAUAUGGAGUUUGAGGUCCCAAAGACUGAAAACUGGACAGCGAAAACCACAUGGAUUUAUCAUGAGGUGGAGAAAGACUCAUUUAUUAUUGUACUUUUUUUGAGGAAGGGUCAUUCUGUCUCUUAUCUCCUUUUUUUUCUACAGGCUUGAGUGGUGCAGGAAAGUUGUUCUCCUUCGUGUUAUCUCAUGAUCUUUUUGUGUUUGCUAUUGAGAAACCUGCCAAGUGUAGCCUCUGGUCAUAACUGUCACAAUCAUGAAGAGAGGAAAGACAAGCUGAAAGACUAAGUAUUGAAAUUUUAAGGCUAGCAUUUUGUUUGCUCUUUUCAAAAAAAAAUUUCAGUACACAUUUACUUGUCUUUUUACAGGUUGCGCAUCUGUAGCUGGAAGGCAAGGACGAUGAGUGUUUGUUAUUUGACUUUUGUGUUUCUGUGUGUCUUGAGGUGGGACAUUAUAGUGAAAAAGAUGAGGAGAGGUAUCAAUAAACACAUUUAUUUAUUGA